GUCAGAGCGUUCGACGUCAUCACAAAGCGCCCAGGUCUCGACAGUAAGGGGAACGCUUGAACGCCUUUUGCUCCGGUUUUCGUUUUUAAUUUGAAAAAAGAUUUCAAAUCAAAGCAUCGCUAUGGCGGUAGAAUCCAGAGUUACACAAGAGGAAAUCAAGAAAGAACCAGAGAAGCCAGUCGACAGAGAAAAGACAUGUCCGCUGCUGCUACGAGUUUUCACGACUAAUAACGGAAGACACCAUCGAAUGGACGAGUUUGCCCGAGGAAAUGUUCCCUCGAGCGAGCUUCAGAUUUACACUUGGAUGGACGCCACUCUUAAAGAACUAACCAGCUUGGUGAAAGAGGUUUAUCCUGAAGCUCGAAAGAAAGGCACACAUUUUGCCUUUGCCAUUGUAUACCCAGAUCCAAAACGACAAGUGUACAGAGUCAAGGAGAUCGGGAACACGGUGUCUGGUCGGAAGGGGGCUGAUGAUUCCAUGACACUGCAGUCUCAGCGCUUUCAAAUUGGUGAUUACCUGGACAUUGCCAUCACACCUCCAAACCGUGCUCCUCCUCUGCAAGGGCGUAUGAGACCAUACUGAUCUUUAGAAGCUGAUUAUAACUGAAGAUAGCAUACUUUUUUGUUGCAUAUUUUCUUUGCCAUUUUGUACUUCCUUUUCGUUAUCAGAUCUGCUCAGAAUUUUUAAAUGACAGUACCUUCAUUUAUCAUGUUCGUUGUUUGAUGGAAUAAAUUUUUCCUACAAAA